GCCCCGAGCCCAGCCGAGCCGAGCCGAUCGUUCCCUGCCGUCGCGGCGUAGCGCAGCGCGGUACCGCAGCGCCCGGCGGGGCGGCGGCAGCGGCAGCCCGGGAGCCCGUCCGCGCCUGACGCAGGGGAAGACGAUGAAGCUGUAGAGAUGCUUCCCUACGUGAUCGCCACCCUGGGCUCAGCAGGGGCCACCUGCAAAACCUCCACAUGCAGCAACAGCACCAAGGACUACUGUUACAGUGCCCGCAUCCGCAGCACAGUGCUGCAGGGGCUGCCUUUCGGUGGGGUGCCCACUGUCCUAGCCCUUGAUUUCAUGUGCUUUCUUGCAUUGUUGUUUGUCUUCUCAAUUUUGCGUAAAGUUGCUUGGGACUAUGGACGCCUGGCCCUGGUGACUGAUGCUGACAGGCGCCGACGAUGGCAGACGGAGCGAGAGGAGCGGGAAUACGUAGCCUCCGCUCUGCACUCUGACAACCAUGACCGCUACGAGCGCCUCACCUCCGUCUCCAGCUCUGUGGACUUUGACCAGAGGGACAAUGGUUUCUGCUCCUGGUUAACAGCCAUCUUCAGAAUAAAGGAUGAUGAGAUCCGGGACAAAUGCGGAGGUGACGCAGUACACUACCUGUCCUUCCAGAGGCACAUCAUCGGGCUGCUGGUGGCUGUGGGUGUGCUCUCCGUGGGCAUCGUGUUGCCUGUCAACUUCUCAGGGGAUCUGCUAGAAAACAAUGCAUACAGCUUUGGGAGGACAACGAUCGCUAACCUGAAUUCUGGGAAUAACCUGCUGUGGCUGCACACAUCUUUUGCCUUCCUGUACCUGCUGCUGACAGUGUACAGCAUGCGCCGGCACACCUCCAAGAUGCGCUACAAAGAGGACGACUUGGUGAAGCGAACUCUCUUCAUCAAUGGGAUUUCAAAAUAUGCUGAGCCAGAAAAGAUCAAGAAGCAUUUUGAGGAGGCCUAUGCCAACUGCACUGUGCUGGAAGCACGUCCCUGUUAUGAUGUGGCUCGGCUGAUGUUUCUCGAUGCUGAGAGGAAGAAAGCUGAGCGCGGACGAAUCUACUUCACCAACCUGCAGAGCAAGGAGAACACCCCAUCCAUGAUCAACCCCAAGCCCUGUGGUCACCUGUGCUGCUGUGUCAUCAGGGGCUGUGAGGAGGUGGAAGCCAUUGAGUACUACACUAAACUGGAGGAGAAACUCAAAGAUGACUACAAGCGGGAGAAGGAGAAGGUGAAUGAGAAGCCUCUGGGGAUGGCCUUUGUCACGUUUCAUAAUGAGACUAUCACAGCCAUAAUCCUCAAAGACUUCAAUGCUUGCAAGUGCCAGGGCUGCGCAUGUCGUGGGGAGCCCAGGGCCUCCUCCUGCAGUGAAUCUCUGCACGUUUCCAACUGGACUGUCAGUUAUGCCCCUGACCCACAAAACAUUUACUGGGAACAUCUCUCCAUCCGGGGCUUCAUUUGGUGGAUCCGCUGCCUGGUGAUCAAUGUGGUCCUCUUCAUUCUCCUCUUUUUCCUCACCACCCCUGCGAUCAUCAUCACUACUAUGGACAAGUUCAAUGUCACCAAGCCUGUGGAGUACCUCAAUAACCCCAUCAUCACUCAGUUCUUUCCAACUCUGCUGCUGUGGUGCUUCUCAGCUCUGCUGCCCACCAUUGUGUAUUACUCUGCCUUUUUUGAAGCGCACUGGACCAGAUCUGGAGAGAACAGGACCACCAUGCACAAGUGUUACACGUUCCUCAUCUUCAUGGUCUUGCUGCUGCCCUCACUGGGCCUGAGCAGCUUGGAUGUGUUUUUCCGCUGGCUAUUUGACAAAAAAUUCCUUGCUGAAGCUGCAGUGCGAUUUGAGUGCGUGUUCCUGCCAGACAACGGGGCCUUCUUUGUCAACUACGUCAUCGCCUCUGCUUUCAUUGGGAAUGCCAUGGACCUGCUGCGCAUCCCUGGCUUGCUCAUGUACAUGAUUCGCCUUUGCCUGGCCCGCUCAGCCGCUGAACGGAGAAACGUCAAGCGACACCAGGCCUACGAGUUCCAGUUUGGGGCCGCUUACGCAUGGAUGAUGUGUGUAUUCACUGUGGUCAUGACCUACAGCAUCACCUGCCCCAUCAUUGUCCCCUUUGGGCUCAUGUAUAUGCUGCUCAAGCACCUGGUGGACCGCUACAAUCUGUACUACGCCUACCUGCCUGCCAAACUGGACAAGAAGAUCCAUUCCGGUGCUGUGAACCAAGUAGUGGCAGCCCCCAUCUUAUGCCUCUUCUGGCUUCUCUUCUUCUCCACUAUGCGUACAGGGUUCUUGGCCCCAACUUCUAUGUUCACUUUUGUGGUUCUUGUGAUCACCAUUGUGAUCUGCCUAUGUCACGUCUGCUUUGGGCACUUCAAAUACCUCAGUGCUCACAACUACAAGAUUGAGCACACAGAGGUGGAUGCCACAGAAAGCAGGCAGAACGGGAGACCUGCCACCAACCUACCAGCUCCCAAAUCCGCUGUGAGUCCCCAUCUCCAUGUCCAUGCCCUGAAGUAUAUCGCCCAAGUGCUGCAGGACUCCUCCCCAGAGGGCGAAGCAACUGAGUCGGAGGAGCAGGGAUCACAGGAUGAGGAGCUCAUCACUACUGAUGGCAUGAAUGACACGGAUUUCCAGUCGUGUGAGGACAGCCUGAUAGAGAAUGAGAUCCGCCAGUAGGGACUGCAGAGGGAGGGCAGGAGGGAGGGAAGGGAUGGAGUCCCAGGAGCAGGGCAGGCUGCGCCCACUGCAACUGGGAGAGAGAAAGCGAAGGGAGCGCAGAGCUGAGGGGGCCAGCCGCUACUCUCGCCCACCCCCAGGGCCACUACCUUCAGCGAGGGCAGGGGCCCUGCUGCCAGCUUUCCACUUCCCUGCCCCUACUGCUGUGCUGCCUGGCCCCUCUGCGGGCUUGCUCCUCACUCGCUACCUUCGUUAACGUGUACCCAGACUGUAAACCCCUAGAGGCUGAGGAGGAGGGAGACCGUGACCCUGCCAGCACCUCAGGAGUGGAGGGAGGCUGGGUGCUUUAUGAAGGGGUCUCAGGUCAAGGGGCUCCUCUAGUGUUUCCUCAACUGCUCCCUCUGUCCCCUGUCCUCCUGGCAAGGAAUGCAAACACUAAUUUAUUAGAUUUACAGGAAGAUGAUGAACAAAAAGCUUUAAUCAGUGUAUUGGAAGAUGGGGUGGCUUUGUGCCACGUGCCCAAGUAGUGCUGCCUUCCCUUCUCCCGUGUUCCUCACUCAGCCUCUUGUGGCAUCCCCUGGGUGUGAUGUCCUGGGCACUAGGGGGUGAGGAUGGUGUCCCUCUUCUUCCCCCUUGUGUGCUGGGCUGUGGAGACUGGUUGAACCCAGGAGAGCAGCACAAAGCAGCCCCUCACUGGGUGGGGGGUGCUGAAGGUGCUCUCACAGGCAGGAGGCGCAGGCAGCCUCUCCCCUAUAAGUGCAUCCCCCUCCUUCCCCACAUGCACAGGUGGGGGAUUGCAGCAUCAUUUUAAGUGGCAUUUUUUGCACAUUUUCCUUCUCUUUCAAACACAAAUCAACCUGACCUCUGUGUGGUACUGCAGUCCUCUCUGCUGCCCAGUGUCUAUGGAGCAAGGCUAGGCACAGGGGCACUGUACUGGGGAGCUGCUGGGUGCUAUGGAGAGGGGAGAAAGGGGUCUGGACCAUAGCGUCCUCAGCAACAUGCAGCGUUGGGCUGCUUCACCUGCCCAGGGGUCUUACUUCCUUGCCUCUGACUUUGUCCCCUCUCUAGUGAUAGCUGUGUCCUGGGCAGGGAGGGGUCAGGAAGGACUGGGAGAGGGGCCUGGACUGUCUGAAGUUGAGUGCAGGCAGGAGAGGCAGAUGAGCCCCUGGCACUCCUGCUUGGAGGUUCUUGUGAGGAGAUUUCUGGUUAGCAUCAGUGGCUCUUAAUUGCUUUCUCCCUCCCCUUGUGUAAAAUGUAAAGGAAAAAUAAUCUCCCUGCUACUGAGCUAUAUUUAUUUCCCUCAACCCCCUGCCACCAUCCUCUUUGGUGCUCAUUGCUGAUACUGCUCCCUUCACUCUGCCCGUUGUGGGUGUGCUCUGGUCUCUGGAGCUGGACCUCUGGGCUCCCUCAGACCAGGAGGAAGGGACAGUCAUUUACCUUUCCAAUCACCAACACAGGCCCUGGAGCUCAAAGCACUUUAUGGACCUGAACAACUGAAGCAUUCUGCUGUGGAGAAAGGUGAUCACGGGCACUGGCUUUUCUCCCUCUUGCUCUCCUUUAGAGGAGUGGAUUCCGCUCUUCAGGGCUGCUGUGUGAAGGAUGGAGCUGCCUUUCCUCUACAUCCCUCUAUAGGACCCCAAGCCCAGAGGAAAGUGGGGCAGAGGUGAAGAAUUGUGGGUCCUGGAGUGGUGGAGAUAGAGCACACAGAAAUGGGGAGAGGCACAAUACUUGUAACACAAGUCUCCUGCAGGAAAAGGCUCAACGGUAUUGGUUGGUGGUCUGUGUCCAUGCCCCUACCCUGGGAUGCAGGCUGGAGGCUGGCUGGGUGCUCCAGCCCUGCUGCUGGGAUGCUGCUCGCAGGGGGCUGGGUUGGGUUUGGCACUGUCUGUGUAGAGAUGUGUAUAAUACCCUGUAUAUAUUUGUGUACAAAAGGAGGAAAAAGAAAAAAAGGAAGAAAAAAA